AUGGAUUCGCUAGCUGGAAAGUCUUUGGAAACUCUAGCUCGCCUUGGGGGUCACAGCUUCUUGGCCUAUCCCGGAGACUUUGCACCGACGGCGCUUAAAUUACCCGUCUGCUUUGUGGCGACGGCGACCUAUCUGAGAUGUCGUGGUCCACUUGUCCGAGACUUGUUCUUCGAUCCGGGUGAUUUGGGCGCGGCUGCACAGAUAUAUGGUUAUUUCGCCAGCCAGGUGCUAUCCUCUGAAAGGGAGCAGGACAAGAUUCAGAUUACGAUGGGCAGCGGCGAGAUGCCGUCCGAAUUGAUGAACAUCCUGAGUUCAAUCCAGUCGCAGCGACAUUCGAGUCAUAUCCUCAGCGUCGGGUGGGUGUUCAAGUGCCUGCUUGCUGGGCUUCCUGGCGGCAUUUUGGGAUCCACACAGCUGUACAGCACCCUGUUGGAUAUUUACGUCAAGACUCCUUCCUUGGAGGACAAGCUCAACAGCCCUAACCAAAAGCUCGAGCGGACGCGUAGCUGUCUCGGAGGGCUAACUCAAGCAAGGUACACAAGGAUCAAAGCGAUUGGCCUCGCCAUUCUAGCCUUGGCGGGCCCCAUGCAACUGGAGCUGAUGUGCGCUGUUUUUGGGUUAUGUGCCUUUUACGUGCAUGAAACUAGACGAAUUGUGGAGUAUGAGCGGCAUGGGUACAAGACUGGUGUUGGAAAACUUGAAUUCGUAACGCGUUCGCAGAUAUUGGAAGGGCUCGGUCAGGUCUUUGGGCCGCUGCUGACGUAUCAAGGGCCGGAAGAAGGUGCUUGUGAUCUGGAGACCCUGCGCAUACUUGAGAUGAAUCGCAGGUAUGUGGCGAUGAUGCUGAUUGCGAACUGGCGAGCGGUGAGUCGCCAAUUGCGGGUUUGGGAAGACCAGGUGCAUGUACCCCACCGACUGACAAUAUCUUGGUCAUCUGAGGGUUCGGAAUAG